GCCUCCGGAAGCCGCGCGCGGGGGGCGGGCGGCGGGCGGCGGGGCCGGGGGCGCGCGGGGAGGAGGCCGCGAGAGCGGGGCCCGGGCGCGGGCAGCCGCCGUGAGCGGCGCGGCGGCGCCAUGCCGGCCUUCCGGCAGGUCGGGGAGAAGCAGCUGCCGCAGGAGGUCAUCUUCAUGGCCUGGUCCCCCAAGCGCGACCUCAUCGCCCUGGCCAACCGCGCGGGCGAGGUUUUACUUCAUCGCCUUGCAAACUUCCAGCGAGUUUGGAGUUUGCCUCCAAAUGAAAACACAGGAAAAGAAGUGACUGCUCUUGCUUGGAGACCAGAUGGCAAAAUUUUGGCUUUUGGCCUUACUGAUACCAAGCGAAUUAUUCUGUGUGAUGUGGAAAAACCUGAAAGCUUGCACUCCUUCUCUGUGGACUCUUCUAUUACCUACAUGCAAUGGAUGGAAGUAACUGAAGAAAGCAGUGUUCUCACUUCCUUUUACAAUGCUGAGGAUGAGUCAAAUCUCCUUUUGCCUAAGUUACCUGCACUACCAAAAAAUUACAGCACCACUGCAAAAAUCUUCAGUGAAGAAAAGUCAGAUGAAAUUAUGAAGCUUCUGGGUGAUGUAAGGCUGAACGCUCUUGUUCUUGGUGGCAGCUCAGGAUUUAUUGAGAUUUAUGCUUACGGAAUGUUCAAAAUUGCUAUGGUACCUGGGGUGCCAGGUUCUUGUCGUGGCUUAUGUUUGUCUAGUGAUUUGAAGUCACUAUCAGUUAUUACAGAGAUACAAGACUCUCCAGACAGUGAAGCAGAGAUGACAUAUUUUCAGCUGGACACUAGUCUCUUAUCAAGUUACUUACCUGAGGUAACUCGAAUGGCCCGGAAAUUUACUCACAUUUCAACUCUGUUACAGUAUAUAAAGUUAUCAUUGACAUGCAUGUGUGAAGCUUGGGAAGAAAUAUUGAUGCAGAUGGACUCACGGCUAACAAAGUUUGUACAGGAAAAGAAUACAACCACUUCUGUUCAGGAUGAGUUUAUGCAGCUGUUGUUAUGGGGCAAAGCAAGUCUGGAACUUCAGGCUCUAUUAAUGAACCAGCUGACAGUAAAGGGUUUAAAAAAACUUGGUCAGUCCAUAGAGUCUUCCUACUCCAGUAUACAAAAGUUGGUCAUAAGUCAUUUGCAGAGUGGCUCUGAGGCAUUGUUAUACCACUUGAGUGAAUUGAAAGGAAUGGCUUUAUGGAAACAAAAAUAUGAGUCUCUGGGAUUAGAUGCAUCUGGAAUUGAAGAUGCUAUUACUGCUGUUGGUUCUUUCAUCCUGAAAGCAAAUGAGCUGCUUCAGGUUAUCGACAGUAGUAUGAAAAACUUCAAAGCGUUUUUUCGAUGGCUGUAUGUUGCCAUGUUGAGAAUGUCAGAAGAUCAUGUGCUUCCAGAGCUGAACAAGGUAAUGACUCAAAAAGAUAUCACGUUUGUUGCUGAUUUUCUUACCGAACACUUCAAUGAGGCACCAGAGCUCUAUAAUCGUAAAGGAAAAUACUUCAACGUGGAGAGAGUUGGCCAGUACUUGAAAGAUGAAGAUGAUGACCUUGUAUCACCACCUAAUACGGAGGGAAAUCAGUGGUUUAACUUUCUUAAAAAUAGUACUCAUCUUAAAGAAAGCCCAUUGUUGUUUCCCUAUUAUCCUGAGAAAUCACUACAUUUUGUCAAAAGACAAAUGGAAGACACCAUUGAUCAAUGUUUACAAAAACCAGCUGAUGUAAUUGGAAAGUCAGUGCAUCAAGCAGUCUGCAUGUCUCUUUACAAAAUUUCUCAAAGUGAAGAUUCCACACCGCAGUUAUCUAAACUACCAUUUCUGUGGAAUGACAAAACCUCCAAUAUCCAUUAUGUUCUCUUCACCAUGUUAGACAGUUCUGUUUCUAAAAUAUACAUUUUGAGGAGACAUACGGAUACUUCCAGGUGUGUCAGUAAUGGACUUAUUGCUGUAGAGUUUGGAAAUUUCUUGAACAACAGUAUAAAUGAAAGCUCAGACUCAAGGUGCUACAGUUGUUUAGAUGCACAUUUCUAUGAUGAUGAGACAGUAACUGUAGUUCUGAGGGAGAGUGUGGAACAAGAGGGGAAGGAAAGAAUCUUGGCUCAGCUGCCUUUAACUUCAGUGUACACUGAUGAGGACCAAGAAAGGGAAUUCAUCUGGGAUUCUGCUAAAAGGCUGGAUGAGCAAAGUGGUGAGAUAUCCACACGGACAGUCUUUCUGGAGAAUCAGUGGAGAGUGCUGGAGAAUAUGAAAGCUCAGUAUGUUGCUGUAAAUGGUAUUAGAAAAGUUUCCUGUGUGCUAAGUUCAAAUCUCCGUCACGUGAGGGUGUUUGAGAUGGAUGUAGAAGAUGAUGGGGAGGCUGAGGAAGAAGAAGAAGAAGAAACAACUCAGAUCGCAGCUGGGGAACCUGAAGAGCUGAAUCAGUCUGCAGACAACCAAGGCAGUGUGUGUGGUGCAUCUGCUGAAGAGCUACCUGGGGAAACUGAAGAACAGGAAUCAGGCCUGGAUCCUUGACAUUAGGCUUUGAUACCAGUAAAGGGACAAAGCUGAAAUCUAACUUCAGGCCACUUAGAUGGUGUAUACUGUACAUAGCAACAUUAAUGUGAUGUGUGUGUGACAGAAUACUGUAUGACUCCUCAGCUAAGACCAUCUGUGUUCUAGAGUAUGUUUAUUGUACUUUUGCGGGGGGGAGGCACAUUAGCUGAUGUGAUUUCUUCCAGAGCUUUUGCAUUUGCAGUUUUGUGUAGGUGGGGAUAAAAGGAAAUAACAACAAAAGUUUUCAUAGCCAACCUGUUCAGUCCUGAAUACUGAUCUUAAGAUAAAAUGAACUUGUAUGUGAUAACAACAAUAUCCCAUGUUUUAAGGACCAAAUUAUUUCCCUCUCAGACUUUGUGUUCUAACUAAUGAGCGCAAAAGCUUCUUGUGGAGCCAAAAUUUAAGUAUGUGUAUUGCCAGCAAUGAGCCUGCAGAUCAGCAUAAGACUAGUUAGACACCAAAAUUCAGCAGUUGUUACUUAAAUACAUACUUUAAAAACUAUUUUUGGUUGCAUUGUUGUUCACAGUAACAUAAUGUUUGUUCAGCCUGUGAAGGUCUUUGGUCCUCAGUGCAACGUUUUUGUGUGUAUGUUUUGUCAAAUAUGUGUGUGUGUCUCAACCUGCCUGUGUUUCCAUGAGAUUAUUCUUGAAAGUCUAUCUGUCACUGAUAUUUUUGUAAUGAAAAGUUACAACAGAGAAUGUAUUUUUCUAUACUGA